CCCAGUUCUCCUGGUUUGUCAGUGGCUUUGAUGUGUGGGGCAAAAGCCAGGAUGAAGCUUGUGUUUGUGACCACCUUUGUUUUGCUGGCGCUUUCCUACCUGGACCAGGUGGACUCAUCUGCCUAUGACAAGAUUGUGUCACACAGCCGCAUUAGGGCCAAGAAUCAGGGGCCCAAUGUGUGUGCACUUCAGCAGGUAAUUGGGACCAAGAAGAAGUAUUUCAGCACAUGCAGGAACUGGUACCAAAAAUCCAUCUGUGGAAAGAAAGCGAUUGUAUUAUAUGAAUGCUGUCCUGGUUAUAUGAAGCUGGAGGGGAUGCGUGGCUGCCCUGCAGCUAUCCCUAUUGACACCAUCUAUGGAACACUGGGUCUGCUGAAACUGGAUAUCACACAGCAGUAUUCUGACCUGUCCAAAAUCAGGGAGGAGAUUGAUGGAGCUGGCUCCUAUACCAUGUUUGCUCCUAGCAGUGAUGCCUGGGAACAGUUAGAUGUUACUGCUAGAAAUGCCCUUGUGAACAACGCACAGACAGAGUUGUACAACACUUUGCACUACCACAUGGUCAAAAAACGUUUCCUUACCAAAGACCUGAAGAAUGACAUGACCCUGCAGUCGAUGUACAACAAACAGGGACUGCACAUCAACCACUAUUCUAAUGGAGUUGUGACAGUUAACUGUGCCAGGAUCAUUCAUGCCAACCAGGUGUCCACAAAUGGAGUGGUACAUGUCAUUGACCGUGUCAUCAGUGCAGUCGGAAACAGCAUCAGGGAUGUCAUUCAAAGCAAUGAGGAACUCAGCUCAUUCCGUGAAGCUGCUAAUGUGGAAGCAAGCUUAUUAGAAAGACUCGGCAAAUCUGGCCACUAUACUCUCUUUGCUCCUACCAAUAAGGCCUUUGAACAGUUGGACAGCGACGUUCUUGAACGGAUCCUAAAUGACAAGACUGUGCUUCAAGCCUUUCUAAACUACCACCUUCUGAGCUCAGUCCAGUGCUCAGAAGCCAUCAUGGCUGGCACUGCAUAUGAGACACUGGAGGGCAGUGUAAUUGAGAUUGGCUGUGAUGGUGACAGCCUCACCGUUAAUGGCAUUAAAAUGGUACUGAAGAAGGACAUCAUCACCAGCAAUGGAGUUAUUCACCUCAUUGACCAAGUGCUCAUGCCUGACUCAGCUAAGCAGGUGACGGAACUGGUAGGUGAUUCCCAGAGAAUGUUCGGGGACAUGGUGUCUGAGAUGGGCCUGUCUGCAGCCAUGAAGCCUGGGACUGAGUACACACUCCUUGCCCCUCUCAAUGGUGUCUUCACCAAUGAAAUAAUGGCUUUGGACCAGCAUUUGCUGAGGAUUAUUCUUGAAAACCACAUCCUGAAGAGCAGGUUCACCCUGAAGGACCUUUACAAUGGUCAGCUGCUGGAGACCCUGGGAGGGAAGCUGCUUAGAGUCUUUGUUUACCGUACGGCCGUGUGUAUUGAGAAUGCUUGCAUGAUCCGAGGCAGUAAAGAGGGAAGCAACGGUGCUCUUCAUUUAAUGCGUUCAUUAAUUCGAUUGCCAGAGAAGACCAUGUUUGAAACGCUGAAGGCCGAUGACCGUUUCACAAUAUUCCUGAAGUUGAUGGAGAAAGCAGAACUGACUGAGAUGCUAAAGCAAGAGGGAUCAUACACAAUUUUUGCUCCAACUGAUGAAGCCUUCAAGGAGAUGUCAGAGGAAGACAUGAAGCUUCUCACCAGUGACUUGAACAUUUUGAGGACAAUCCUGCUCUACCAUUUCAGCAAUGGCGUCUUCAUUAAUGGAGGACUGGAAGGUGGAGUGACCAACCUCCUCAAGACCAUCCAGGGCAACAACCUGCAAGUGCUUUCUGUCAAUAACUCCAUUAAUGUGAACUCACUGAAUGUUAGAGAUAAUGACCUCAUGGCCUCCAAUGGAGUGGUUCACGUGGUGAAGAACUUGCUCUAUCCUGCAGAUCUACCAGUAGGCCGUCAGGAUCUGCUUUAUCUGCUGAGGAAGCUCAUUAAGUACAUACAGAUAAAGUUUGUUAAUGGCUACACCUACAAGGAGAUUCCACUCACCUUCAUUAAGAGAUAUAUCACCACUCACAUCAUUGAAACAGGCCCUGAAAUCAAGGUUAUCGAAACUGAGCCCAUUAUUAACAAAGUCACCCAAGUAAUGGAAUCUGGCCCAAAAAUGGAUCAUGUGAUCACUGAAUACAAGUUCACCAAGAUAGUUGAGACCAAGCCUGUGGUGCAGGAAGUGGUAAUUGAGGGAGAACCAAAAAUCACCACGGUUAGGAGAGUCAUUGAAGGGGAUCCAUCAGUUACAACGGUUACAAGGAUCAUUGAAACUGGUGGGGACAGUGAUGCUGAAGGUGAGAUUAAGAAGAUUCUUACUGAAGACCUGUCCAAGGUAAAGAAGGUUCUGGAAAGUGAGCUACACAUGGAGGAGGAGAAGAUCACAAAAAUGAUUGAGGGAGGUGGUGGAGGAAUCACCACUGUUACCAAAGUGAUUAGGCCAGAUCCCCAUAUUAUUGAAGGACCAGACUUCUCAAGGAUCACGUCUUUCAAGCCGGACCUCAUUGAGGAGGAAUCGGAGAGAAUCACCAAAAUUAUCAAACAUGGUGGCUCUCAGAAAAGAUCACCUGUUCGAAGAUCACCAGGAAUGAAGAGACGAGCAAGACCUGCAAGACAUCCCUCCAAGCCCAGUCAGUGAGCCCAGAAAGACACCAGGCGAUCUACUUAUUCCAACCUCUUAAAUUAAAGCCACAGAUUUGGUAUCUGAAUUUGCAUUUUAGGCUGAUACAUUUAUAUUUCAUUCAUGUAGUAAAAGUGACUUACAAGUGAGGCAAGAAUAAAAUGCAAGCAUAGAGCUGAGCAGUUGAGUCUCAGGCUCUAAUGUUGGCUGAGAUGAACUGGCUGGAAAGCACACACACACACACACACACACACACACACACACACACACACACACACAGAGCUUUAACAUUAAGAUGGUAUAGGAAAUUACUGAUGGACUGGAACUGAUCUGAUCUGAUCUUUAAUAUUUAGAUAAAUUGUUUCUUUAGGCUGAUCCUUGAUUGGUUCUCUUAUACUGAGUGGUCUCAUUAAACACAGCCUUGCAAUAAAACAGCCAUAAACUGGUAUCAGGGUAACUCAUGAGCACAUGCUGCUCCCUACAAGUUCCUUUACAUGUGAACAACACUAGUAAUUAUAUCUGUUGAAAACUGAUGUACCAAUAACUUUGAUUAACACAGUUCAUGCCUCCUAUAUGAAGCUUAUCUGCAGAGGACUGAAAUGGUGGUGGUAAGGAGCAAGAGAAAUUUCGAAAUGAUAUUUUUAUAUAUUUGACAGUGUGUAGGGAGUAGUCAUGCAAGACAUGAGGUCUCACCUGUGCAUGUUUGCUACUUUGUGGUACUGCAUUCAGUCCUAUGAAUGUAGGUUUUACAUUUAAGGAAAGCGCUGCCUGUUUUCAUGUUUCAUACAUUGUAUUCAAGUGUAUGCUCUCACAUUCAUUGUUCUUUUAUCUGACUUUUGACUCAUUUCCGUCUUUUUUCUUUUUCAUAUGUUGCCUAGCCUGAAUAGUGUGUGUGUCAUUCGUGUGCACUGUUCAUUCUCAGUAGCAUCCUUCUCUUCCUACCUCCUAUCCUAGCCUACCCCCCCACCCCACCCCUAUCCAAGAUACCCAUUAACCCCUGUUUGAUAAAUUGCUUAAUAAAAUUGAAUAUAAAAUUGAAAUAUGAGGAUUGUUUUGGAAUAGUAACAAGCACAUUUUCACAUUUUUUUUCUGUUAAAUUGUGUAUAUAAAAUGUUAGUUUUAUUAUAACAAGCAGGUAAUCACUUGCUAUUAUGUUCUUAAUCUUUUUUGUUUGUGAAAUAAAAAGAGGUGUCAUUACAUUUGG